AUGGGGUUCUACUUCUUUCAGUCAUGGUAUAAGCGGUGGUUGCUCGUUCAAACGGUUUCUAUAUGGCGUGAACCACCUUGCGUGAACUGGUGUUAUUAUGCUCAACUCGCUUGCCCACACCUUGCCACAUCGAAAGUCGUCGAUUAUGCUGGUCAUCCAUCGUUCCAGUGCAGAGAUCUGGAUAUUCCGUUACCACAGGAGCCAGAAGCAUCCAGGUGUGGUUGUGUACACCCAUGCGAUCUUCGUGGUAUCGUCACUGAUGGCGACAUGACGCGAACAUCCACAUCGGGCCACGACUUCUAUCCGUCGCGACAGCACUGUGAGUCGCGACGGCGUCAAUGUGCUCGAACUACUGCUCAUGAUCGGCGCGCCGUUCGAGUCGCCGCUUCCGAUUCUGGAAAUUCCCCGGCACGACCGUUGAUCGCUGUCAUGAUCGCUAUAGCUGUGAUACAAUAA